AUGUCUGCCGAGCAAGCUGCACACGCCUUCAAGAUGUUGAAGACUACGAGCAGGGGUGGUCGCCAGCACAGGUUCAACGACAAGAUGCAGAGUUAUGCUGAGGGAUUAACGAACUUCGUCAAGGCCAUUGACGAGUAUCUCUUCUUCCUUGGCAAGAACAAGUUCUUCCCCGCAAACUAUCCUCUCAAUCGUGUGCUGCCCCCCCAAAGGUAUGCGGAGCUGGAGAAGAAGUGGCGUGCUGCAGAGAAAGAGAUCGGCAUGCUAGAAGCGUGA